AUGGCUACCCAUCUCUACCAACAGGCCGGCGACGACCUCGAUGCCCUCUUCGACGAUGCGGCAGAGACCGAACUGAGAUCUUCGGCCGAGACACCGCUCGACCAGAAUCUCGGUCUGCCUGCGGAAGCCAACGAUGAAUUGAAUGCGCUGCUGAACGAAGCAGGUGGCGGCGAGGGCUUGAACUGGGAUGAAUUGAAUUCAAGAGAACUCGAAGCAGGCGAGAAGGCAGAGGACGCGGUUGACUACGAGGACAUUGGUGAUGACGAGUCUCUACCAGAAGAAGAGCCAACGCAGGCACCCCAGGAAACUCGGGACGUUCAGGACGCGCGGACCGAGUCUCCGAGUGUUCUGCUGCCUGGCAUCGAAGACAGCGCCCUGGAUGACUUUGAUGAUGAUGACUUGUUUGGCCCCUCUAGUCCGAUCUUGACGGCUCACGAACCCCAGCCUGCUGUUGCGUCUAAGAAGCCGCUCGACAAGCCGACACGAGAUGCCGAUCAGGAGUCAGACCUUGCCUCCGAGCACGGCGAUGACGCACAUCAAGACAUAUCGAUGUUGCAGCCGGAACUGGACGAGGUUGAAGAUGCGGAAUACCGGACGCAACUGGCUUUAUUUGCUCAGUCCGGCAGGGGUCUCAUGCCUACCACGGAGCAGGAGAAUAUCGAACAGUGGUUGAAACUCGAGUUCCCCAGCUUCAAGCGAGAUGAAACACCCUUCUUCAACAAGCUCUUCCCUCCCAGGCCGCAUAAAUGGCCCGCAAAGACUCCUCCGAAGCCCCCCAAGCCGGUCCGUCCUACCAAGGUAACUCUAGACCUCGAACAAGAACAGAAGACAUCCUUCAACUCAGCAGCUGGUGUAGCAGCACCGGGUACUGCCGCGGACAUCGUCAGCACAGAAGAGCCCACGGUGGUGAAUGAAGUGGCAGAAUCAGUGGAUGAGUCUGAUCUGGACGAACCCCUUCCUGGCAAUCUUACAUUGAGCGAUUUGGAAUUCAUGUGUGCCGAUUUCGAUACGUUGUCGUCUGCCGCCCACUCGGAAGAUGAUGUUGUCGAAGUCCAUCCUCGCGUGGUCGACAGUGACGAUGACAUGUUUGGCUUUGACGAUUUUGAGCAACCUCGCAAGAAGCGUCGUCUCGACCUUGAUCCCCACAAUAUCGUCACAAUACGUCAGAUCGAUCUCCCUUCGUUCGACAAUCCCGAGGACAAAACGGCCAAUUUGGCCCAAAAGGUGGUUCUGGACCUCAAUGACUCUGGCCUGCUAGUUGAAGAGGUCGAUCCCGAGGCUGUCAAAGCCAAAGCGCGAGUGGGAGAAAAGUCGACGACGACGGUCAAAACAGUCAAGGAUCGUCUGCAGCAACGUUUCAAGACGUCGAACGAUGCGGAAUACGAGCUUCUGAAACAGAAUCAUCAGCAUAAAGUUCGUGGUCAGCUCACCCACUUGAACAUCGAACACUCGGUUCCAGCCAUCCGUCUCCAAUACCCGUACUAUCAAGUCCGACUCUCACUACAGGAACUCCGGAACUUCCACCGCAAGAAAAUGCAUUUCAAGUAUCCCAUCGCCUUUUCCAAGACAGGCAUAAGGAAGAGAAAGCACGUGAGAGGCCGCAAGAUCGACGAACUAUUCAAGGAGACCAAACACCUUUCUCUGGCUGACAAUUCAUCGAUGAUGCUUCUGGAGUAUUCGGAAGAACACCCUUUGAUGUUGUCCCAAACUGGAAUGGGCAACAAGGUCGUCAACUAUUACCGGAGGCGCACCAAGGAUGACACGUCGAGGCCGAAGAGCGACAUCGGCGAGACUUCUGUACUGUUGCCUGAAGAUAAAUCACCCUUCUACAUCUUUGGACAAAUCGAUCCUGGCGAGACCAUCACAGCGCUUUACAAUUCCAUGUAUCGGGCGCCAAUCUUUCCGCAAGAGCCGAAGCCCACGGACUUCUUGGUCAUUCGGGAGACCACAGCUGCGUCAGGACCGGUUCAUUACUUGCGCAACCUCGAGAAUGUCUAUGUGGUUGGGCAAGAGCUGCCCUCCACCACUGUACCAGGAACCCAUUCUCGCAUGGUGACCACCGCCGCCAAAAAUCGGCUGAAGGCCAUCUCUUUCCGGAUUGCCCGCAAGAAGAAAAGCCACCGCAUCAAGGUGGAGGAUGUCACCAAACACUUUCCCGAUACCACCGACAUGCAAAACAGACAGAAGAUGAAAGAAUUCAUGGUGUUCAACAAAGAGCAUAAGGAAUGGGAGAUGAAGCCCGGCGAAUCUGUCCCCGAGGAAGAUGUGAUCCGCAACCUGAUCCGGCCAGAAGAUAUUUGCCUGCUCGAGUCCAUGCAAGUCGGAGCGCAGUACUUGCAAGAUGCUGGCUAUGCGGACAAUGACGACGACGAUGACAAAGAAAAGGAAAACGACAACGAUAGCAUCGAGCAGCAACUGGCCCCGUGGCGCACAACGAAGAACUUCCUUCAGGCCACUCAAGGCAAAGCCAUGCUCAAAUUGUACGGCGAGGGUGAUCCCUCUGGCCGAGGGGAAGCAUUCUCCUUCAUCAAGACAAGCAUGAAAGGGGGUUUCAGACCGAUUGGUGGUUCUGCUCAAGACGCAAUUACUCUGAAGAGAGAACUGGGUGGCCACAGCUACAACGUUGCUCGACAGCAGAAGUCCUACGAGGAAUCCAUCCGCAAUAUCUGGGACAGGCAAAAGGCGAGUCUUGGAUCCAAGAUUGAACCGUCAGAUCUGGACAUGGAUGGCGACGUGGAUGCUCAAGAGGACAACCAUGCGGCCCGCUCCAAUGUACGAGCCACGCCAAUGUCAGGCGCCCACACCCCAGCGACGUCGCGACGCAUGGAUGAUGAGACGGCAACCUCCUUCAGCCGACGCAGUGUCAACAGCCAGAGCCAGAAGGCCCUGAAAAUUCUUCGGACCGUCGUCAGAGACGGUGACGAGUUUGUUGAAGAGCAUAUCGAAACUGAUCCGGCGGUCAUCAAACAGUACAUGAGAAUCAAGGAAAUGGAGGAGGCCCAAUCGUUCAGUAUCGAGGAAGAACUUGCCAAACUCGAGAAGAACUACGCUCGCCGAAAACAUCGACCCAAGAAGGGUGCCGCCGCCGCCGCAACAUCCCCUGGCGGAACCGCCAUGUCUCCCGACGCCGAUGGAGGCGGUGGUGGUGGUGGUGGUGGGAAAAACACACAGCCGACCCAGCGGAAGUGUGCCAACUGUGGUCAGGUUGGCCACAUCAAGACCAAUAAAAAGUCCGUUAAGUGCAACAACUGCAAUCUUUCCUUCACACACCAGGUUGGGUCUAUGCUUGCACAAGCGCCGUCCUUUGACGACUAG